UAUCAAUCUCUUUCUCUUUUUCAUUUCCUUUUAGAUUCAUACACAGGAUCAGGAUGGAGGAAUCAUCAAUUAGGAGCCCUUCCAGCUUCCCAAAUAAACCAGAUCUUGAACCUUCAAUUACUGACCCAGAAAGUGCAGAGCAGGAAGUAACGACUCUGGUAUCUCCUCUUCCUCUUUCUGCUGCACCAGAGGAAGAAUGGGGACCAAUUCCUAAUGACAUCUUUGUCAAAGAUAUCACUGAUAGAUCUUCUCCAUGGGAAGUCAUUGCAUUGAUUCUGGGGGUCCUUUGCCUACUGUUGAUGAUAACGUCUAUAUUUUUUGGUUAUCAAUAUUUUCAAAAUACCCAGCAAUCAUCGAGUAAUAUGGAUGACCUCACCAAAGAGCUGGAGUCUUUUCACCACGAAGUAGAAAACUUCACCGGAACAAUAAAGAAAACACAAGAGGACAUUUUAGGUAAUCUUAAAACCCAGAUUGAAAAGCUCUUUGACAAACUGAAGAUGCAGAAGAUGAAACAAGGAAACUAUUUUGAACCUUGUCUGAAACACUGGAAACAGUACGAAGAUAAUUGCUACCACCAAACUCUCAAUGUUGCGUCUUGGUAUGACUGUUCUAAACUUUGUGACUCCAUGAAUUCUACAUUUUUACAGUCAGGAAAUGAUAUGCUAAUGGAUUUCAUGAAAACAAUGACAUUAAAUGAUACCUGGGUUGGCAUCAAUUACCAAAAAGGCAGUGAGAAGUGGGAGUGGAUGGAUGGCUCUUCUUAUGCUUUUAGUUUACCACCAAAGCCAGAACAGAAUUUCCAGGACUUAUGUGUAUAUGUAAAAUUACACACUGUGGAUUCAUAUCAGUGUAAUAAAACCCUGCCUUGUAUGUGUGAGAAGGCGGCCCUCAGCGUUGAGAAUUAAGAUGAUGUGAGAAUCUAUUUCCUGAAAUGUUCCAAUAGCAUCAUCAUUCGGGGCCAUCACCUUGACCUAUUUGUAUUUCUUGCUCUUGUGAUUUCUUGCCAUUUUGUGAGAUGUCACUAUAUAUAAAUUUUAAAAUAUUCUGUUUCAUGUAUUAGUUAUGGAAAGAGACAUAUUAUGGCUUCUUAAGAGAACUUCAGUCAUCAUAUUCUGCUGUUUUAGAAUGCCCAAAAAAUCAAUAAGAGAAUUCUUUUAAAUAUAGUGACUAAUGGGAUCAUUUUGUUUGAAUAGGGAUUUAUA